UAAUUCCAGAAAAAUGGCCAAAAACUUUUACUCUGUAAAUCUAACAUGUGUUUGACCAUUUGAGGAUGUCUCAACGCUCUGUUUGCAAUCAAUUCACUCCUCAACUCUGGAGAGCUACAAAGUGUAAAUUCUGCUUCAACGACAAGGAGAGUCAUGAGAAAGCUAGCAAGGUUCACACCAACAACCCAGCUAGCAAGGAAAAUAUAACAAGCGUUCACACCAACAAUCCCACUAUUCUGUCUCCGAAGAUAAAAAGAUUAAGUUCCUCAUUUAUCAAAAGAGAUGAAAACAUGCCAAGAUCACCAACGAGACGGAACACUGGAUCGAACUCUGAUGAAUCACCUUCCAUAUUGUCUUCAGAUUCUGAUAGUGUUAAAAAUAGACCAACUAGGAUUAAAUUACUUAGCCAGGAAGAUAAAACUCCCCAAAAUCUUCCGAUCACAUCUCCUAUUGAAAACAUCAACUUUCGACUUGAAAUGAACAAACAACUUAUUGCCAAAGAUGACAAAAUCCAUAAUCUUGAAGUCAGAAACCAGAAUCUAGAAAACGAAAUAAGGACAUUAAAAGAUCAGAAUGCUGCUCUUGCUAAAACCCAACAAUCAGAAGAAGAACACCGCAAGAUGUUGGACAAAAUAGCGAGUCUGCGAAGGAAACUGUCGGACAUGGAAGUGAAGAAUGCUAAACUGAAGGAAGAAAAACAGAAUGUGGAGGAGACACUAAAGCAAGAAGAGCAAGUAGUUAGUAAGCUAAAAAUAAGGAUAAACUCGAUGGAGCACGAACACUAUCUGCUAGAACUGAGGGUGGAGCGGGAACAGAAACAUAAACAGAGCGUCACUCAGGAGAAGGAGGAAGCUGAGCAGGAGCUGGAAUGUCUGCGUAAAGCGUAUCGGAGCAUACAGAGGGAAAGUAGAAGACUGUCCACAACAUUCGAUGUAGACGAAGAGCGGGCGAGGGAGCUAGAGGAUCAGCUGAGACAGACUCAACGACGAUUGGGGAUGGUGGAAGUGGAAAAUAACAGACUAAAAGAUAAGAUCAGCAAAGUGGAGAGCGACCGCCAGGAUAAUCAGAUAACACAAUUAGAAAGACAACUUCUCUCUGCUAAGGAGAAUUUUGAUGAAAGUCAAAUGGAACUGGAAGAGUUACGCUCCAGUCACCUGUCGGAGAUACAGAGUCUGCAGACACAGAUAUCACGACUACAGAUUGAAAAUGACGAGUUACAUGAGGGGUACACGAAGAAAAACUUGGAACUCAGCCAAAUAAAACGGACUUUGUCGGACGUGGACGCCACUAGGCACGAGGCUAUAUCUAAAGAUGAAGAGUUGGUGUCACUGAGAGCAGAGGUAGCCAGACUACAAGAUAAGUGUUCAGCGCUCUGUGAUGUGGAGCUCAUUCACAUUAAUCUUAAUAAGGAGUUAGACAGGCACCGGGACCGAGCCGAUCAAGCGGAGCUCCAAGUGCGUCAGUUGCAGCGCGAGGUGCUGUCUGAACGGGAGUUGCGUGAGAGGUGCGGCACCGAGCUGGAGCAGCUGCGCGCUAAGGAGGAGGAGUGCAGACAGAAGCACCGUGUCGCGCACAACACAGCACCCCCCAUCCGCGCAAGAGCCUCCAGUCUGGAGCCGGCCCUAUUUUCACAAUCGUUAAAGAAGAUUCGAGAACCAGCUGAGCGAGACGACAAUAUACCCGUCACAACAUCGAGAUUUACAAAGCCGGCGCCUCCUCCAAACAGGAGACGUCCCUCAAGAGAUCACCUCCAACAGCGAGCUAGAGAUUCAGAUGUUUGACUGUUGGAUGGUAAUAUUCUCUAGUAUACUGUCUUAGGUAGUACAUUCAACGAAGACUAAUUUGGUGAACAUGUCCAAAUUGGUGACGUUAUUUGUAUCCAAAAAUCUAAUGGAUUGUUGUUUUGUAACAUUUGCUAAUAACUUGCCUCAGAUUUAACGCUAUUAAUUUGCAAGUAAAGUGCUAUGGUGCUCCUGAGGCUGUUCUAUAAAUUUCAGGGCGAAACUGAAUUAAGAACCUGUUCAUUUAGCAUAUUAAUUUUUCUUCAAGAUGGGGUUAUUGUUGAGCACAUGUCACCCUUUAAAUAUUGGAGAACACCAUGUUUAGUUAUACUACUUAUAUAUUGGUACUGCGUACAUGGGCCUAGUUUGAGAGGUAAACUAGUGAACAAUAUCGAAACAUAUCAUGGUGACGUUUACCUUGAAGUAAUUCACUGAAAAGAUAAUAAAAACUUUAAUAAAUGCGAUAGACAAUUAACAUGGCUUGUUAUCCUUUCUCUUAAAUUCUUAUGAAACGUUUGACUAGUAAUACUACACACUUGAGUGACUAGAAAGUGAUGAGUCAGGAAUAUGUGUGUUACCCGGAUUCAUUUUAAAGGAUUUAAUUUGUGAACGAACAUUUUACUUGUAGCUUGUAAAAUUCAGGUUUGACGUCUGAGAUGAGACUUUAACGUUUGUGAUUUGAUAUUCGAAAUUGAAAUGAUUGUGAAGUUUAAUGCAAUGUCAUGUGUUUAUGCAAUGUCACGUGUUCACAUAAGCUACACUGUUUAGCAAUGAUUGAGAAGUUAGUUCUACUAAAUAAUAUGGGUCCACUAGCUGUUAAAGUGCUUGUUUCGAGAUUGCAUUUCGUUUGUUUUUUGAUCAUUUGGUACUUGAUUUUGUACAUUAAAAUCUUGUGUGCUCUUAUUAUUGUUUGAGUGUAUAAUGUGAUGAUUUUACAUAAUUUGUCUCAAAUAGCAAAUUUCUCUAGCACUCUGAAGACAGUGUCUAUAUUUGCUUGGUACUGAUAUUUUUUGCGAUUUUAUAGCUCAAUACAUGUGAAAUGUUGUAUCUAUCACAUUAGAAAAAUAUCCUGUUUAAAAUUACUUGAACUGUUUGUAUGUCCUUCUCAAAACGGAGUAAUUAUUAAGAUAACGGAUUGUUAUUGAUAGUGCUUUUAAAUUUACGUUUCAAUA